AUGGAAGGAAGAUUGAUAGCAGAUGGACUCAAGUGGAAGAAUCUGCAGCAACAACCUCAAUGGAGGAAGAAGAAAUGGCAACUACUCUACCGCCAAGUUGCUGUUGCAAAUACUGUUGUUGCUGUCAAUCAGGAAGAGCCAAGGCUAAAUUCUUGCUGCCAAAGGAAGGAAUUGCUUCGAUCGUCCAAAAGAAACUAUGCUAAGGCAUUCCAUUCUGAAGCUGCAGAUGUUAAACUUGUGCCACUCAAUAUUUUAAGGCAAAUUGUUGUAAUCCAGAACCCUCCAGUCAUUGAAGCUACAGCGGUUGCAUCUGCAGGUGGUGAAGGGGGAGUAGAUCAUAAUGCUGCAGGUAGUGAAUCCGGACCAGAUCAUAACCAUCUAUCAAGAUCAAGAAAGUCGCUUCUCCAUUCAAAGGCAAAGCAGGCUCUCACACCAAUUCAGGAUACGCCAAUUUCAUCAACUGCAGCUAGUGAGAAACAUGCAGCAGAAAACCUAAGGACCGAGGGGGUUCCAGAACAGGCUACUCCAUUUCAGAAGCAAGCCACUCCACCAAAUUCAACUGAGAGCCUAGCACCAUAUUCAAGCAAAAAUGAUGGAGCAAGUACUGAGAAUGACUCUUCAGGAAAACAAAGUCACAAUCAAGGAAAUCACAGUUCAACUCACAUUCCAAAUGUAAAUCAUGCAGCUGGUUCAACCGCGAAUCUCCAAGUUCGGAGACAAGUUUGGGAAGUAGAAUCCAGAAUUUUACAUGAACUCGUGGGGUGGGAAGUUCGCAAGAAAUCUUUUACAUGGGAUCCUGAAAUGGAAGGCCAGAUAAAAGCGGCAUGGUCUUCAUUAGCAGCAAACCGUUACCGUGACCUCACAAGGGAUCUGAGAGAAUGGGAUGAACAGCCAGGUUUUAUUCAGGAAGAUGUGUGGGCUAGUUUUAAACAACAUUGGGAGACUGAGUCUUUUCAGAAAGUAAGAAGAAGGAAUGCAAAAAACCAUAAAAGCAGCAAGAAGAGACCAGUGCAUCAUACUGGAGGUUUAGUCUCAUUUGUGGAGCAUAUGGGAAGGCUGGAAUGUAUUCUUGGUCACAAGCCUUUGCCGUAUGAAGUAUUCGCAUACACUCAUACCAUUCGGCAUGAUUUCAAGACCUUCAUUGAUUCCAAUGCUAAAAAAGUUCAUGCCAAGUAUAUUAGGAUUAAGGAUAGGGUUAUUCGGGCUCUUGCUGAAGACUCAGAGCCUGAACGUGAGCUGGAUGAAGAUGCUCUAUAUCUCCAUGUUGUUGGAGAAUUAGCCACAGCAUAUUCAGAACUCAAAGGAGUGGAAGCAGCAGCUGUAGGAGGAGGUGCCAGGUUGAGAAAAUCUCCAUUCAUCAUUAUGUUUUCUGUCAAUUUCAAUUCUGAGUGGUGUGGUUCUGAAAUGACAGUUGAUCUUCUCAAAUGGCCUUCUUCUCUGAUGACGUGA